CUCCGAAGUUCGUAUGGUGGGAUGGGAUGGUGACACGUACGCUGGCGAGCGACUUCUCUAUGCACACCGUAGACGGGAUAGACCCGAGAUUACAUAAAAAUCAGCAGCACAAAAAUAAUUAAAUAAGCAAAUUAAUUAAUGCAAGCAGCAGCCAGAAAAUUGAAAAUUUGGAAAUUCUGGUUGCGGAGUUACGACGAUGAUGACUCUGGUUUUGGGGGAUAUAAACACAUUGUGGACGCACAAAACAGGGGAAUGGUGCUUCUGCGUGAAACCGCAAAGCCAAUACCACCACCAAAACCACAAUCUCAGCCUCAACCACUCCCCAGGAGACGCAAGAGAAGAAAAUUUCUCAUACCCUUUUGAUUUCCCCCCCCCCCCCUUCCCCCCCUCCCUCUUCUUCUUCUUCUUCUUCUUCUUCUUCUUCUUCCUUUUGAUUUUCUUAUUUGAGAAGCGAACUUGAGUUUGGAAUUUCCCGCGACAAGUGAAUGAUGCGGAGGUGAAAGUUCAAUGGGUAGUCGCUGAACAUGACAUUUCUUGCAGAUUCGGUGAUCGCGAGCUCAUUUUCAAAUACAUCCGUUGAUUCAUUUGACAACCAUGAAUUUUUCAUGCUUUGUUGCCUGCUGGUUCGGAGGCCAGAAAAUUUGCACUAGCCACUACUUUUGGAUUAUUAUGAUGUGCUUGGGUGUUUCUCAGCAGGCUUCCGAGGGAAUGGUGAUUGAAAUGUGGAUGCCUUUGGUAGAUACAUAGUAUUAGCUUCUCUAUUGGAUUAAGAAUGCCAGUUUUGAGAAGAAUGCUUAUUCAAAUCGUUGCUGAAAUUUGGAAGCUUGUUUCAUUUCUUACUCUUGUAUAGUGUGACAUUGAUACAAUUGAGUCUUGCAUCUUGAAUUCCCUCUGUUCAUUCUUUCGACAAAACUGAGCAGACGGUAUAGGACUGUAGGAAGUUGGGCAGAAAAAGAGAACACCCAUUUUAGAUAUUUUCAAGAGCAAGAGACUAGCGUUGGACAGAGAAAAAAAAAAAAAAGGAAAAGGAAAACCCAUUGUACACCUUUUGAAGAGCAAGACACUAAUUUCUUUGACCUUAGCAAUGGGCUUGCCACAGGUUUCCUCCAGUGAAAGUGUGGAGGACGUUGUGGCACCAUUAAGUUCGUUUCUGCAAAGUCCACCACACAUUACUGGUGUGAGCACCUGUGAUUUGGAUGGCUUGUCUGAAGUCAAUAUGGGCCAGGAGUGUGGGGAUUCCCAAUGCUCUUCAUCUUCUUUGGAAGAUUGCCAGAUGAAAUUCUCCUUGGAGCUCUCAAAUUUUUCUGAUGAUUUGUUCAAAGUGAAAGGGUCUUUGGAUGCUACAUCCAAUGUUCAUGGCUUGAAGAUUACACCUGCGGAUAAAGGCAGUUUGUUCACCCCUAAAACUGGACGCAAUAUUCAGAGUCCUGUUUCUAGGAUUGUAGGUUUUGACUCUGUUCAAUCAGAUUCUUUCUUUAGUGAAUUGUGGGGAGCUCCAGCUGGUGAUGUUGAUUCUUCUGCUAUGGUUGCUGGUACGGUUAAUGAAACUGAGUGUGGUGGGUUGAUAGUGAGGAAGCGCUUGUUGUCCCCUUUAAGUGGUAUGUUUUUCCAUGAUCAGUUCAAUGGUGACCACUUGGACAUUGGCUGCAGCAAUUAUCGGAUAAAUUCCCCUGCUGCAAAUAAUAAUAUCGGUGCAUCUGUGGCACAAGAUCAUAAGAAAGCAAAUAUUGGAAGUAAAACAAACACACCAGUCUGGUCCAUAUCAAAUAGCCCAGAACAGAAGAAUGUUUUGAAUGACAGUUGUAGAGCAGCGUCCAUCUUUUUUUCUGAUGGCCCUUUGUUAGACAAGAAGGAACUAAUACCCUGUAACACUAGCUUAUCUUCAUUGGGAGUUGAUAACUGCAUAGAAUCAAGUGAGGUAAGAUCUCAAACAAGGGUGAUAUGGAUAACUCCCAAAAAGGUGACGUCACCUCCCCUUUCUUUAUCUCCUCUUGGUCCAAAGCUUUCAGAGAGAAUGCCAGCUUCUGGAGGAUGCAGGAAUACCAGGAAAGAGAUAGAGGAUGAUUGUAUGCCCUUGGAGAAUAUAGAACCGCCAUGUAAUGGAACUGUCUCGAAUUUAAUGUUUGUAUCUGAAGAAGAGGACUGUAUGAUGGGGAGCAAAUCGUUUGAACAUACUUUUCUUUUGCAUAAAAAGUUACAUUCAUCCUCUAUAGAUGGAACUGCUGGCAUUAGUUUGCCUUCAGGUCGAAAUUCAGCCCUCACAUCCCAAUGCAGAAGGUUUAGAAGUGUGAGUGGGCUUCCUGUCAGGUCAUUGGUUGGAUCAUUUGAAGAGUCCUUAUUGUCUGGACGGUUCUCAUCUGGAAAAGUCAGCCAGCGAAUUGAUGGUUUUCUAGCUGUAUUAAGCAUUACUGGAGGGAACCUCUCUCCACAAUCACAGAAACUCCCAUUUGCAGUAACCAGCAUCAAUGGGGAUAGUUACUUACUGUACUAUGCUUCUGUAGAUCUUGCAGGAAAUUUGUCAUCAAACAGAUGCAAUGGCCAGAAAGUGAAAAGAGGUCUUAGCAAUGACGAUUCACACACAGUCAAAAGCCGCUUGCGUAUACCUAUGAAAGGGCGCAUACAACUGGUUUUAAGCAACCCAGAAAAGACACCUCUUCACACCUUCUUUUGCGAUUAUGAUUUGACUGACAUGCCAGCUGGCACGAAGACCUUCUUACGCCAGAAGGUCACUUUAGCGUCUCCUUGUUCAACUUCUACACAGGUGAAACAAGAUUAUAGAGACAUUGAUUUGAAACUCGAAGACAAGGUGACUCCCUGUUCGGAGAACAGUCAUCCUUUAAAGUUUCGUGGGAAAUUCCCAAAUCCCCAUGGAGUUGACAUGGAGUAUAAAAUGACAACUUUUGAUCAAAGUGGCAGUUUUAAAGGAAGUGAAGCUUCUCAUCUUACAGGUUCAACAGAUACAGGUCUAUUGAACCACUCCAAUCCUGACAGAGAUAUGGAAAAAGGAAGACUACCUUGCUUUAUUCUUGAGAAUGGUUGUACUAGUGAAUGCCAGGGGACUGGUGGGGAGGACUGCUGCUGGGUUGAUGGUUGCCAUGGAACUGAUAACAAUCCUGUCCAUGGCUGUACAAAGGUCAACGAGCAUGCUUCUGGCACUGGUGCUUUGCGUUAUGCUCUUCAUCUCCGUUUUCUAUGUCCUUUCCCUAAGAAAUGUUCCAGGUCAGUCCAUGGAUGCAAAUCUGAUCCGGUACCCGUACCACAAAGAACUGGUCCUGAUAGUGAAGGGGUGAGGAGAUUUUAUUUGUACAAUGAUUUGAGGGUCGUAUUUCCCCAACGUCAUUCAGAUUCUGAUGAGGGCAAGGUACGUGGUUUCAAUUUCUCGGAUAUAAUUUCAGAUUGCUUUUGGCGUUUUCAAGGGAUAGACCAGGACAAUGUGUCAUUUCAUAUUUUAAAGAUACCAUGUUUAGAGUGUGUCAAAGUAAGCCCCAUCAGAAAGAUAAUAUGUGAUUCAUACAAAAAAAAAAAUUGCGUUUUCUCUGUUUGGAACUUGGAGAAUAUGAAAGAAAAGAAAAGAAAAGAUGAAGGAAUUCUCUUUUGGUAGUGAGAAAAAUGAGAAAGUAAACAAUACACAAAGCAAAUCAAAGAACAUGACUUCUAUAUUUUGCAUGCCAUUAUCCUUUUAUUUGAAUAAAUUGUUCUUAACAUAUUUGAGAUAGAAAAAACAUAAAUGAGUUUUCUCAUUUCCUUUUCUUUAAUCCAAACAGGAUCAAAUGUUUUUUUUUUUGUUUUUUGGGUCACUUGAGUGAAAAAAUACACCGAAAUCUCCUUUGAAUGGCUAGCUUGUUAAUUAGUCUGAUGAGGAUUGUUCAUAUUUGGUGACAGUUGAACGUGGAAUACCAUUUCCCAGCAGAUCCUAAAUAUUUUGACAUCAGCCAAUGAAUUGCUUAGUUCAUCUCCUCAACAGUAUACUUCUUUCCUGCUUGUGUAUAUAUAUAUAUAUAUAUAUGAUACAUAGUUGAUGGCAUUUCAUCUUGAAAUGGCACACUGACACAGCUUCCAUCUGUAUAAAGAACUUGCUGAUGAAUAAUUAACAUGAUGGGUUUAAACA